UACAUAUCCGGUAAAUCAGUGAGACAAAAUGGUAUAAAUAAUUUACACAUGUCACCCAUAAUAUCAUUCGACUUUAAAGCUUUCUUGUGCAUGUAGACUGGCUUAAUUGCUCCGUAAUAAUAAUGAGGUCUAUAAUUUACAAAGUGUUGAACUGGUUGGUUCUCGCGACCAUGUUAAUUUCUCUGGCGUCUGCAUCCUCCCCGACGUCAACGCCAUCAGCAGCAUCGACAACAGCUUUGGAUAACUUACUCCGAGUUAAGAGAGGAGGUGGUGGAUAUCCGGGCGCAGGAGGAGGGGCUGCAGGUCCAGUCUAUAUUUGUGGUUACAUUGGAGGCAAAGAAGGUGGUGGGGGCCAUGGUGGUGGAUACGGGAAAUGAGAAGAUAACCUACUGCAAUAUUCGAUCUUAUCUGCACCUGUCACAAAAGAAACUAACAAAAGGGAAUUCAAAUUGUCUUCUGUAAACCUAAACACAGGUUUCAUGAAUAAUUUAAUUUGGUACACACAUUUGGAAAUAUUGAAGUUAUUUAACAGAUUUUCCAAAAUUAUGAAAAAACAAAAUUGAACGAAAUUGAACGAAGAAUCAGAUUAGAUGUUAUUUAAAAAGUCAAGAAAAAAAUGUAUACAAAUUUUUGCACAAGUCAAGUCAAAAUGUAAAUUAAUAAUAAAAAUGCAAUGUCAAACCGAAAA